AUGCGGCUCCCGCCAGAAGUGAACAGAGCCGUCUAUGUCAGAAACCUCCCCUUCAAGAUUUCCGCGGACGAAAUGUACGACAUUUUUGGCAAGUACGGCGCCAUCCGCCAGAUCCGACUGGGAGACAGGCAGGACACCAGGGGGACGGCCUUCGUGGUGUAUGAUGACAUCUACGACGCAAAGGCGGCGGUGGACCACCUGAGCGGCUUCAACGUGUGCGGGCGGUACCUCAUCGUCCUCUACUACCAGCCCGCAAAGAUGGCGAAGCGAAUGGACCAGCAGGCGAAGAAGAAGGAGCUCGAGGAGCUCAGGGCAAAGUUGAAAGUGGCCAGGGAAGAGGACGCAGCAGGAGACACGCCGGCGUCAAAAUGAGCGUUCGAUUCAAGUAUAUUUUCAUUUUCAUAUGCAUACAGCAAGCAGUACAAUACUUGUCGGUCGUGGUUGUCUUUUGUGUUGAUUUUCUUGGGAAUGGACAGCCCGGUCAGUGGAAGCCGGCAGCGUUAAGAGUACACGGCCUGCGAUGUAAAUUAGCGUUACUAAGUACUGAACAACCAGCGGCGCGUUGAUGUUGUCGUGCCUGACGGCGAGAGGGAGGCCUCCUUGCAGGCAAAGGCAGCUGUGAAACCGGAGUGAUCUUAGGCCGCCGUUGUUGUUAUUUGCUGUUGCUGCCAGCAUGCUAUGGGUCAGCCUUGUCUUGUUUGUCUCUCAUCCCCCCCUUGGCUGACUCUACCACUAUUAUAAUAGAGGUUGGGAACGUCCUGUUGCAAACGUGUUUCGUUGCCACUGCUGUUUGUUUCAAGGGCGUCGGGGGGUGGAGUAGAGCUUGACUACCCCAGCAAGCAUGACAUUCGUUUUCAGCCUGAGGCGUGCGACAGGCGGUCGUUGCGAGGGGGUGGAUUCAGACCUCUGUCUGAGGCGGAUUCCGUGCUGUCGUGCGUUCAGGGGGGGGGGGGGGGGGGGGGCCCCGAAACCCCGGGGAAAAAAACCCCAGUCUGUGUGCCAAGGGAACAAAAAACGGGGUUUGACCCCCCCCCAAAAAAAAAACCCCAAAUUGGGAAAAAAUUUCCUUUUCCACCUGCC